AUGAGAAGAUACACAGAACAAUCGAGCUGUACCAACUGUAGGUGUAAUGGUAAAAAUGACCAGAAGUUUAGCGGCAUAUUGAUAUUGUCUCCCGAAGGUGAAUCCAAACAAACUUGCAGUGACAAAAUAUACAAGAUCUAUGAAGAAAAUCCACCAUGGGUAGUGAAAAAAAUUCAGGCCACGGACUCUUCUUUACCGGAAAAACAAAUGGAUUGGAAUAUACCAGAAGAUAACAACUCGCAGGAUUCAUUCAUGUCAGUGAGCAGCGAAGAAAUCGAUUCCUGUUACUCCGACGUUUCUGUAAUAGACAAUCAAGAUAUUAUAAAUGAGAAAAUCGCUCGGUUUCUCGAAUGGGGUAUUAAAGAAUCGAUUCAGAAACAUAUAAACGAAAGCUACCCCGGUUCAUUUAAUCCAGACCAGUCUCAACAUCGACUACUUAGUGGUCUAGACGAAAACGAGUAUGAAUUAAUAAACUAUCUAAAUUAAAUCUUAAGGAAAAAUCUUAAAACCCGUGUGGAAUACGUUUUCGUGUAUUUUAUACUAAAUAUUAGGACGAGUUUGGUAAAUUAGUUAAAAAUAAUCGGUAUAAAACACGUAAUAAUUAGUCAAGUGCCAUGAUAAAGUGAAAACGUAAUCAAUGUAAUUGAAUAAAGUUUAAUAUAAUAUGUCUAUAAAAAUAAUUAUUUCAAUCAAUCAAAUUACAGUAAAUAGUAAAUCGAAAUUCAUUCGGCGUACAUUGAGGAAUAAUAGUUUCGAGUCAAAAUCAAAUUACUCACUUAAGAUUUAUAGGCUUUAGACUCGUAAACAACGAUAAAAUGAAUGCGUCGCAAAAAUUAUUUUAUUGCAAUUGAAGUUUUGAAGUUGGCACGUGUCUAUUGUACAAAAAUGUAUUAUAUAAUAUAUAGGGACCGAUAAAAAAAAAAAUUACUAAAAAGCGAAUUUAAACUUUUAUGGUUUAUAUUUUACUUAAUAAACUAAUAUAUAUAUAUUGUUAUCCGAAUAACUAUAAUAAAAACUAUCAGCUGUUUUCACAAAACGCGUAAUUUAAAUUUUUUUUAUUAACUCCACAGUUUUUUUUUAACCAAAAUUGUCAAACGUAAUGAUAAUAAUAAUUUAAAACGAUCAAUUAUUCAAACAAAAGUUGUUAAACGUAGACUUCAUAAUUUUGGUAUAUAUAUAUAGGACACAUAUUAUACGUAUAUACAUCGCGAUAAUGAAUUAUAAUGUUUGGGCUCCAUUAUCAUAUUUUAUUUGGGCAUUAUUAUUUUGUAACUUUAUGUACCGUAAUCAAUAUCACUUAGAAAACAUGAACAAAUUAUUUUUAUGAUAUUAUUAGUUCAAGUGAUAAAUUUUAAUAAAACUCAUAAUUAAUUACGCAGCCAACACCCAGAGGACAAAACGAAUAAUAUAGAAAAGACCAACUCUUGCCACGUCAAUUGGAAUGAAUAUGUAGAAUAUUAUAGAUAUCCAGUCGAAUCAUCGUUGAGUACAAUCGAUGUAAAUACUCAUCCGCUCAAAAAUGAGGAAAUUAUCAGAACAAGAAGUCAGCCUAAUUUAUCGGAUGAUUACAACUUCAAUCCCAAUGAUACGGAUAUACAACAAAAGUAAAUUUGUUUUUCUAUACCUAUAUAUACUAAAACUUAAUACUUUAUUGUGAUAACCGUGGCUUAAAACUAUACUUUAACAAUUUAAACGAUAUUGUUAAUCAACAAACCGCAUGCGUUCCAAAUAAACUAAAAGUAUUAAUCUAAAAUAGUAAAACGAUAAAAAAAAAAAAAAAAAAAAAAAACACGUAAUUGGGAAUCGAUUUCUCUGCAGGGUGAUAAUUUUAAACGGCGUAUAAUUUGAAUAUUGUGCGAUAUAUUCGUAUACCUCAUUAUUUUCUCCGUCGGUUAUAAAUUUGUAGACUAUAAUAUAUUGGCGAGAAGUUACGAGUUUCAAAAUAUACCGUUGUCAUCUAUCAAGGUAGCUACAAGUUUGAUUUUUUAAAAGUACUCGAAGUACUUAAAAAUUGUACUCACCCAUCCAUGAUGAUGAAAUAUACAAUUAUAAGAAUUGUCUUUACAUAAUAAAGUAAACACUUUAGCAAUAUACCUCAACAAAUAGUUAAUAAUACAAUAAUUUACAGUAAUAAAGAGAACUAUGGCAGGAUAUAAAUGAGAUAUGCUAGGAUACAUAUAUACAUUAAAAAUAAUUUUCACUAUGCAAAAUCAUUUUAAUAAAUAUCAUUUAUCGUAUUCAAUCAUAGAAUUAUAAAUAGGAAUGAGUUUCAUUUUAACUAUUAUGUCAUUAAAAUUGUAAUUUUUAACUCAAUUAGUGACAUUUUACCAGUUGCGCAACGAGGAUUUAUUUUCGGGGGGAGGGGGGGUUGGUUAUGAAAUUUAAUUUUAGAUGGUGUUUAGUGGAAUGGAAGUGGUAAGGUUAAUUUAGGUUAAUGAGUAAAAUCUUUAAAUUAUUUAACUUUUAUUUAUAGACAACGCAUAAUGAAAAACAAUUUAGACUCGUAUUAAUUAUGUAUUUAAAUCAUACUUUACUCAUAAAUCAUAGCAUAAUAAUUUAAUAGCUUUUUUUUUUGUUGAAAAACGAUAAAAUACUUUGAUUUUUGCUUUUCACACUCGUUUUAAAUAAAACAUUUAAUUCGUAAUAAUAGAUAUAAAUAAUUUACAACUUAAGGCGUCAUGUGCCAAUGUCGUGUUACCUACAAAAAUACACUCUACUUCUCAACAUUUAUAAUAAGUUUUUAAAAAAAGUAAAAUUCAAGAUUUUAUUUGCCAUUUAUUUUUUUUUUUUUUUUUUGGCAUUAUUUGAAAUCGAAAUUAAAAAAUCGGAGUUCAAUGCGGUCUGUAUAAUGUUGUUUAUCGAUAAAUAAUUUUUUUAUGGAAAUAUCGAAUUGAUAACAAGAUAUCAUGAUUUCCGUGAAGUCAUUUUCGUCAGUAAAACCAGCCUUACCCUUUUCCCUAAAUGGAUAUCGGGUAAUAGAUCAAUUGGAAAUGUUUAUCUUUAAGGUGGUAAUUGAAAUGUUAAAAAUAAUUUUCAAAUUUUUCAAAAGUGGAGAAAAUUUGAAUAAUUGGCACCGGGUCUCUUAACAAGUUGCAAAAUUAAAAAUGAAUGAUUAAAUUGUUUAUUGGUUAACAAUACAUUAUUUCAUUUUUUUUUUUUUCGAUCUUUUAGAAAUUUCAGAAAAAAUCACAAAAUUUCUUACAUUUUCAUGGUUUCUUUAACAACAUACUCAAUUAUUUAAAUUUUUGUAUGAGAAAAAACAGUCGUUCCAGGUUUUAUCAUUUCAAAUAGUCUUGCGGAGUCCCAUAAUUUUAAAUUGAAUAAUAUAAUAUUAUGUAUUAUGGCCGACCGAGAAAAAACAACCAUUUUAUAUUAUUUACAUCCGACAAAAAAGAUUAAACAAUAAUAUUAAUGAUACAUGUACGUAUGUACCAUUAUAACAUGAUUAACAUAAAUGUAUACAAUUAAAAAAAGAACUAUUUCAUAAAAUAUAAAUUAUUUUCAACAAAAUGUAUGUACUUACUUCAGGAUAAAUAUAUAUAUAUAUAGUUGAUCUUAAAAUAAUUUUAGAUCAUAAAUUAUGAUAAAAUAACUACAAUAAUAUAUGAAAUUAUUUUUUUAUAAUUGGUUGUUAUAUAACAGAGUUGGGCAUUAUUCGAAUAAAAUUUUAUUUUGAUAACUUUUUAUAUAAAAAUUCAUUCCGAACAUAAUAUUUAGCUCUAUACAAAAAUACUGCACAUUCAGUAAUAGUCUUAAGUCUAAAUCUAUACAAUGCGAUUGAAUCACACGAGUGAUGCUUACAUUAACUGCCUUAAUACCGGUUUAUUAGUAACGAAAAUAAAAUUGAUUAUUUUUAAAUUACCGGUUGGUAAACAAAUAAAAUAAACGAAAAUUAUUCGAGUUUUGUGUUAGAAAAUUAUUCGAAUAAUUAUCUAGAUAAUAUUUUUCUCAACCCUGAUACAUACCUAUAUUAUACGAGUACAUUUAUAAUCAGUAUAUUUGCCACAGAUUGAUAUUGUAUUAUUUAAUAUUAUGCUGAUAGAGGUGGUUAACAAUAAAUAUAUUUUUUAAAUUUGUAUUAAUUUUUUAGUAAUUCUGAAGAUGGUUUAUGGAACAAUCAUACUUAUCACACAAAUUCAUUCAAACAUCAGGCUAAUUCAACGCAUUUAAAUCAGUGCCUUUGCGAAUACAAUAAAUAUGGUGACCAUCUAAGCUCGCAUUCUAAUAAGAAAGACGAACAAUUUGAUUUUAAUCAUUCGAAAAAAUAUACAAAUUGGCACAAAGACGAUUCAAAUAUGAAUCGAAUUCCCUAUCAUAACAAUUCAGAAAUUCCAAAACCUUUCCUGAAUAAUCAAAAUAGUUUCGACAGUUUCAUUUAUACAAACGCAGAUAAAAUUAAUAACAACAGUAAUAGCUGCCAGUGUUCGACUAGUACGAAAUCGUCUAUCGAAAAGUACAGUAUAAAAGAAGACCAGAAGAUUAAUCAACAUAAAUUUGAUAAUUUGAAAUCUGACAGGAUCAAAAAAAUUAACAAUUCCUCUAUUAAUAUUACAUCAAAAAAAGAGUAAGUAGAAAUCAUUUUGGAUGUUAAUUUACUUACCUAAAAUUAAUAGUUAACCCUUAAUCGUGAAACCUUUUCUUUUAAAUCUUUUUUUUUUUUUAGUCAUGAUUGUCACUUGUGCGGUUAUUAUCAUAAUACAGAUAAGAAUUCAGAUGAUUCCAAAAACUCUAUAAAAUCAAGAAACAAACAAUUACGUCAACUUUUAGGUUUAAAACCAGACGAAAAGAAUGUACUUGUAAUGUUGAAACUAUAA